AUUUAACUGUCAGUUUACAUAACAAGAGUCUUCUAAGGCGCAAGCUCCUGGGGAGGGUAUGGGGCUAUUGGCAGGGAAAGCAGCUUUUCAAUCGUAUAAAUGCUCUUUGUGCCCAGACUGCCUUCUAUAAACCAGCACUAUCCACCCUGUCCUAGAGACUUGUCCACGACCUUCAAUAAAACACUUUAUUCAUACCACUUCUAGCGUGCGCUCCCACCCGCCCCAGGGAAUUCAGUCCCGCGGGAGGGAUAACUACUUGGGGACACGGAGCACUGCCUUCGCCCUGGGUCACGCGGGAAGGAUGACUGCAAAGCCUCCAGUUGGCGCGCGGGUUCCGGGGCUGAGGGGCCCAAGGCGGUAAUCGGGAUCCGCUCCGGCCGCGCUUCCCUUGCCUUUAACAAGUCCCAGAAGUGGUCCGGCGCUUGGCCGCAGCGGGAAGUCUUCGGAAAGAAAAGACCGGAACUAAAAGAUAGACACAGCGAUGCCCUCCCCGGACUCCGCCAGCCUCACACCCCUGCCAGCCCGCCGCCUGUAGUGCGCACCGCCUCCUCGCCAAGCUCCGCCCUGCGUCCACCCCAGGGGUUAACUCCGACGAGCGGUCGUGUGGCAGAGCUAGUGUGCGCCGUCCGGGGCUAGAGCAAGCGCGCCCGCGCGGCCGGGAGCCAUGCUGAGGAGCUGCGCCGCGCGCCUCCGCACGCUGGGGGCCCUGCGCGGGCCGGCGGGAGGCCGGCGCCUGCCGGGUAGGGAGCCGCGACCUGCGCUGAGGUCAUUUUCUUCUGAGGAAGUCAUUCUUAAGGAUUAUUCUGUCCCCAACCCCAGCUGGAACAAGGACCUAAGACUGCUCUUUGACCAGUUUAUGAAGAAAUGUGAAGACGGCUCCUGGAAACGUUUGCCUUCAUAUAAACGUAUACCUGCUGAAAAGAUUCAAGACUUCAAAACCCAUUUGCUUGACCCAAAGCUUGUGAAAGAAGAACAAAUGUCACAGACCCAGCUCUUCACCAGAAGCUUUGAUGAUGGCCUGGGCUUUGAAUACGUGAUGUUCUACAGUGACGUCGAGAAAAGGAUGGUUUGCUUAUUUCAAGGAGGCCCUUACCUGGAAGGACCACCUGGACCUAUCCCUCUUUGCUCUGUUGUUAUGAUAAAUAGCCAACUUGAUAAAGUUGAAGGAAGGAAAUUUUUUGUUUCCUGUAAUGUUCAGAGUGUUGAUGAGCAGACCCUAUACUCAGAGGCAACAAGUACUCUUAUUAUUCCCAUUUUACAGACGCAGAAGUUGAGGCAAACCUGGGAUUUGUAUCUGGGUCCUCCUGGCUUCAGAUCCCAAACUUCCAGCAUCAGGAUUCACUACCCCUCCGCAAUGACCAACACAGAAGUGCGUAAAGGUGUGAUGGUGUAAGUGACGGAUCUUGGAGAAGAAGACAGAGGUGGAAGAGACAUUUCCUUUAUCACUGCACUUAAGGCCAGAGUUUCCAAUGUGCAAUUCUGAAAACAUUAUAUUUUAUAAAAAAUAAUACCCUGAUCAAGAAAUUGAUAAAGUUUCAGGCCAGGCAUGGUGACUCACGCCUAUACUCCCGACAUUUCAGGAGGCCAAGGUGGGAGGACUGCUUGAG